AUGAAAACUUUCUUAUUGAUCUUUUUGUUAAUAUGUGUCUGCAAAGGUAUAACCAAUAUUACAACACCAUCUAUUUAUUUUGAUUUAAAAAAAAUUAAUAGAUUCCAAGAUUAUUUAAAUAAUGGAAUUACACCAAGUAUCAAUUUGACUUUUCACGAUUUUUAUUAUCCAGAUGUUUGUGUUAAUACAAUUAAAAAUAUUGAUGGAUCAACAAAUUUCGUUAAAUCAUCAUUUUUAAAUGCACCAACUAAUUUUGCAAAUCUUUAUAUUACAAAAGGAUCAAAAAUGACAGUAAAACCAAAUCAAAUAUUAGGAGCAUUUAUUAAUAUACUAUGUAUUGAAGGAUCACUUGAAGUUCCAGUAGGUGUUUUUCCAUUUUUUAUUGGUGCAUUAGUAAUAUUACCAGGUGGAAAUUUUAAGAGUGAAAGUUCAUUUAGAUUUAUGAAUUUAGUAAAUUCAAAGAUUGAUCCACUUAAUUUUUUCCCUGGAAUAUUGACAUUGGGUGGAUCACUUUCAAUUUUAGGACCAAAAUCAAUUAAAUAUUCAGCAAAUCGUUUAGGUGAUUUUCAAUUUCAAUUAUUAGAAUUAAUUGAUCCAAAUUCAUUCAAUAGUGAUUAUAAAGCAAAUAUUUAUAGUGAAUCAUUUGUCACAGGUCAACAAUGUGAUUUCGUGUCAAUUACUAAUGGUUACACUCUAACAGUUGGUGGUUGUCAAGGAGUACCAUCAACUGAUGUAAAUAUUUAUAUUUUCUUUGCAACUGUUGAUUAUGAUUGCACAUUCAUUGAUUCUGAUUCAGAGGUACCUGCAUCAAUCUAUAUCAGUGGUGAUACAAAUGUACAUAUUGAGAAUUUCUUUUUAAAUUCGUUAGGUAAAACUACCAAUGCCAAUUACAACGAUACCAUAUUGAUUUUCUCACCAACUGAUGACACAAAUGUAACUGAUAUUAUCAUUGGAACCAAUCAAAGAUAUAGAAAUUCAUUAUUUGUAGAGUUUUCAAAUAAUGUCACAUUGAGGAAUAAUUUCAUUAGAGAGUCAAUUGAGUCUAGAUCACCAUUGAUGUUUUUUGCAUCGAGUCCAAUCUUGGAGGGAAAUUUAGUUGUUAGUAAUUCCGGGUCAAGUGUAAUCGCUCAAUUUGGUACUGAAUUCAUUCAAUCAACUAAUAAUAGUUAUUUUUUAGAACCACCAACUCAACCUGUAAUUCCAAAUGAUAACAAUAUGGAUUAUGGUACAGAAGGGAAUGGCAUCUACUCUCUCUCACCAAUAGUUUCAUUUACAACUGAUGUAUUUGUCGGUCAAUUAAUUUCAAUCAAUUUCAAUUUUAUUGCAAAUAGAUCAUUAGUAACUGGUUUCAAUUAUGAUUGUUUUGCACCAUGUUAUCCAGGUUCACCAAUCAUAUCAAAUCUAGUUCAACAUUCUGUUGAUUUUAAUAUUAUUAAACCAACAUUUUCAUAUUCUCAUGGUAACACUACCAGCAGCACCACCACCAGCAGCACCACCACCAAUACCAAUUCUCAUUUUCUUUUAAAUGUUAAUGAUAAUGGUAAUGAACCAAGUUCAUAUUAUUCAUUCAAUCAAUUAUCAAUAGCAAGUGAAGCAAUUAAAGUAAAUUUACCAAUUGGUACAUUGGGUAUUGGUAAUUUAUUUGCAACAAAUAAUUUUAAAAUUGAUGGUGCACUUGAAAGAUUAGAUAUUUUAAAUUCAAUAUUUAAUUUACCACCACCAAUUUCAAAUAAUUUCUCACAAAGUGGUAUUUUAUUAUCAACAACAACUUCAAUGUUAAAUUCAUAUGUUUUCGUUUCAAUUGGUUCAGAACCAACAAGAAUUGAAUCUCAAAUUUAUGGAUCAACAAUUACACCUUAUUAUUAUAAUAAUAUUGAAACACUUGAUCUAUUUCAAAUUCAAUCAAUUUUUCCAUCUGUACAAUAUCAAAUUAUUAAAAAUUCAACCAUUAAUAUAACUAUUAAUAUCACCACCACCACCACCACCACCACCACACCCACCACCAACAAUGUAGUUUGUUCAUUUACAUCAAUUGUGAAUCAACAAUCAUCAGUAACAAAUGAAAUUUCAAUCAAUGAAACUUUAAUUCAAAUGGAUCCAAUCCUUAACAAUUGUGUUUUUCCUUUAUCAAUUGAUCAAGAAGGUUCUUUAAAAUUACGUGUAACUAUAAAAAAUCAAAAUUCAACUUUAGAAAAUCAAUAUUAUUAUAUAAUUGAUUUCCCUGAAAUUACAAUUUUUCAAAGUUUUCAAUUUUAUACUGGUAUAAAAUUUAUUGAUGUUCAAUCAUCCUCCUCUUCAUCACAACAAACUUCUUCUUUUUCACCUACAACUACAACAUUUCUAAAUUUAUUAUCAACAACAGAAAAUUCAAAUGGGUUUCUAAAUGGUUGUCAAAUUAGUAAUCAAUGUACAUUAUCAAAUAAUGUUAAAUAUGUUUCAUCAUUACCAAAUGUAACCAAUUCACCAGAUUUUCAAUUAUUUCAAAGUGGUAUAACUCCAAUAAUACCAUAUGAUCCAGUGGUUAUAAAUUUAGGAAUUGAAAAAAAUAAAACAUUUCAAUUUCAAUUAUUUUUUACCUUUUAUCAACCAAUCGAUCAAUAUUCAAGUCCAUUAUCAAUCUUUAUUCAAAGUGAACCAUAUUUGUUAUUGGAUCCUUUAAUUGAUGCACCAAACUUUAAAAAUUUCACAUUUUUCUAUGAUAAUCUUAAUCAAGAUUCAAUUGAAAUUUCAUUUAUCUCAAGAGGUGAUAUUUAUUUAACUUCAAUGGCUAUUUAUUCUUUAGAUCUUGUAUCAUAUGAAAGUAGUGAUAGUAGUAGUAGUAGUAGUAAUAGUAGUAGUAGUACUGGCAAUGGUAUUGGUGAUAUUGUAAAUAAUGAGGAUAAUCAUAAAAAAUUAGUAAUUGCAUUAUCAGUUUCAAUUCCAGUUGCAGCAUUAUUAGUAAUUUUAUGUUUUGGUAUUUUCAUUUGUUACAAUAAUAAUAAAAAGAAUAAAAAUGAAACCAAAGGAAAAGAUAUUGAAACUAAUACUGAUAAAAAAGAUGAUGAAAAUGAAAAUGAAAAUUGUAAAUUUCAAUUCAAAGAUGAAUUUUUAACAAAUCCAAAUGAAAUUAAUAUUCAAUUAAAAAAAUUAAUGAUUAAUAAAUCAUCAACAUUACCACCACAAUCAACAAUUUCAAUUGAUACAUCACCAUCAUCUGAAAAUACUACUUUCACUGAAUCAUUAACACCAAAGAAAUCUGCAACUGUUAAUGGUGAAAUUGAUUUUAGUAGAAAUAGUACAAAUGAAAGUACUGUUUCUAAUUCUUCUUCUGAAAAUAAUAGUGAUAAUAACAACAAUAAUAAUAAUAAAUGUAAAAAAGAAAAACUAUCAUCAUUCCCAACAAUACCAGGUACAAAUCUUACAAAUAUUCCAUUAAAUUUAGUUGGUAGAAAAUCAAGAAAUCCAGAAGAUAAAUAUAGAACCAAUAAUGAUAUUUUAGUUUGUCUUCAAGAAUCUCAUUAUUUUAAACCUGAUGAUCCAUCAAUACCAAUAGAAUUUAGUGAAUCAGUUUUAGAUUUUGGUAGAGGUUCAAAAUGUUUAAUCGAUGAAACUUACAUUUAUACAAUCUCUGUUAAAAAUAAAUCAACUACUGAUUAUAAUAUUUUAUUAAUUUUACCUAUUGAUAAUAAUACUGGUACAAUUUCAACUGAUACCCAAUAUUUUCAAAUUAAUGCUGGUGAAAGUAAACCAAUUAGUUUUUCAAUUAGUUUAAAUUGUACAACAAAGUAUUUUGAAAAAAUUGGAGUUUCAAUUGAAGAAUUAAAUUAUCAUACAUUUAUUUGUGUACAUAUGGAAUCAGAAUUAUCAACAAGAUUAGAUUUUUCAGAAUUAGAUUUUGAUGAAAUUUGUGGUCAAGGUACUUAUGGAAUGGUUUAUAAAGGAAAAUGGAGAUCACAAGUUGUAGCAAUUAAAAUGAUGAGAGUUGGCACUGUAAAUUGUGAUGAAGUUUAUAGAGAAAUGGAUAUUAUGGGUAAAAUUCGUCAUCAAAAUGUUAUCUCUUUUAUUGGUUGUGUUGUAUCAUUAGAGCAUCUUUGUAUAGUUACAGAGUUUUCACCAAUUGGUUCAUUGGGUGAUUUAAUUCAUGGUGAUAAUAAUCAAAAGAAAUCCAACACCAACACCAUCACCAACACCAUCACCAACACUAACACCAACACCAACACCAGUACUAGUACCAGUACCAAGCUAACUGUAAAACAAAAACUUAGAAUUGCAAUUGAUAUUGCUCGUGGUUGUCAAUUCCUUCAUCAGUGUGGUAUUAUUCAUCGUGAUUUGAAACCCGAUAAUGUAUUAGUAUUCGAUAUCAAUCAUAAUGCUCCAGUUUGUGCAAAGAUCUCUGAUUUUGGAACUUCAAAGGAAACUAAUGAAUUCAGUAACAAGAAUACCAAUUGUGUUGGAACACCAAUCUAUAUGAGUAAUGAAAUCUUGGAGAAAAAGACCUACGAUAAUUCUACCGAUGUUUACUCAUUCGCUGUACUUUUCUAUGAAAUGAUGAUUGAAGAAGUACCUUUCUCUGAAAUCGAUGAAAAAUGGGAAAUACCAAGUAAAGUUAUAAGUGGUUGGAGACCUACUAAAGGUUUAAAUUCUUUAGAUAGAGAUAUUAAAAACUUAAUUAAUAUAUGUUGGGCUCCUCAUUCAUUACCAUCUUUUGAUGAAAUCGUUUUCUCUCUUGUAAAAAUAUUUAAAAGAUUUAAUUAA